AUGAAUCCAAAUAAUGAAACAAAUGAAAUAUUAAGUUUAUACAGUCCCACUCCGAAUAUUCAAUGGAUCGAAGAGAAUUUCGACAAUAAUUGCCAAUUUGAUGGACCAGCAUAUAGCUUAAGUGGUAAAGAGAAUAUCAUUGAAAUCUUCAGAGCCAUCUCAGUUUACACCAAAUCGAUGAAAGUUGAAAAAUCAGUUUCAUCUGUCUCGAACCGCGAUAUCCAUAUUGACGCCAACUUUUUAAUUACAUUCAAAUAUAUUUCAUGGUAUCCAUUAAAGAUGAGAUUACUAUUGGUUGUUCACAAGAAUUUUGAAAACAAAAUUACCAGAUUUGAAGAGAAUAUAUUUAUGGAAAGUUUAAUCCAGAAUAUUCCAUUGGUGAACUAUAUGUAUUUUCAAUUGGUCAAACCAUCUUUUGGAUAUUUAAUGGUCAAAAUGGGAAUGCUUUCAAAGAUAAAGGUGGAAAAUCACAUGAUGUUGAAGCAAUCAUCACAUAAAUUAAAUGACUCGCAUGAACAAAAGAAUAAAAAUAAUCAACAUCAUGAACCAACAAUGAGUGAAAUGAUCAAAGAGAAGAUGAAAGAGGCUGCCAUUAACAGUGAAGAGGAUCACCACCAUGAUGAGGAUUCACACAAAAACCAUUCAACUACCAACAACAAGAAAUCAAAAGAAAAUGAAAAGAAAUCAACUCACAGAAAACAAGCAAUGUCAGCACAACCAAUCACAAAUUAA